AUGGUUGAGAGAUGGAGACCUGAAACUCACACAUUUCAUCUUCCAAUAGGUGAGUGCACAAUAACUUUGGAAGAUGUUUAUUACAUUUUAGGAUUAAACGUUUCCGGUUUACCUGUUAGUGGUUCCAAUUUUGUGCAAGUAAAACAAAUCUGUCAAGAUUACUUAGGAGUUAUCCCACCCGAUGGAGCAACAAAAGGUAAUUCUAUUAAAUUAAAGUGGCUUAAGGAUACAUUUGACGAUGUUGGUGAAAAUGCAUCUGAAUUAGAAAAACAAGCAUCAUGUCGAGCAUACAUCCUACGUAUGAUCGGAGGGUUAUUGAUGCCUGACAAAUCCAACAACCGUGUACAUCUAAAAUAUCUUUCACUAUUAGGAGAUUUAAACAAAGUAUCCCAAUAUAGUUGGGGUUCAGCUGUUUUAGCUACACUUUAUAGAGAAUUAUGCCUUGCAACGAAACCUGGUGUAAUAUCUAUGGGAGGAUGCCCAUUAUUGUUGCAAAACUGGGCAUGGUAUCGUUUGUCUUGUGUCGCUCCUGAAUCUCCCAAACCAUGGAUAUUUCCACUUGCACAAAG